AGAGGAGAAAGGGACCGGCUGGGUCCAGAUCUCUAUAUGGGUUGCGCACUGAGUGCGGAUUGCUGCGGGGACAAGGUGGAUCCGGUGGUGGAGAGAGCGUCUUUAAAGAGGAGCCGUCCGGACCAGGACAGACACAGUAUGAGACUAACCAAGACGGGGAAGGGCGAGCCCCAUGUCUUUAAAGAGAAGACCUUUAAGAAGAAACGGCAGUGCGGGGUGUGUCGGCAGAGCAUAGAGAAUCUGGGCUCCUUCUGCCGAGUCUGCAGAACAGCCACACAUAAGAAAUGUGAAGCAAAGGUCAACACCGCCUGCAUCCCAGCCCCACCCUCUGACUUGCAGCGCAGAGGCACGUCGUCCUCCAGACACAUCCAGCAUCUGGGAUCGACAAAGUCUCUGACCUACUCCAAACAGCAGAGUACUCUACCCAGGAGUUUCAGCGUGGAUAGAGUGAUGGAGCGAGUGAUGGAGAAGCACUAUGAUUUUGACCUCACCUACAUUACUGAGAGAAUCAUCUCAGUGUUCUUCCCCCCUCUGCUGGAGGAACAACGCUAUCGGGUCAAUCUGCGAGAGGUCACAGCUAUGCUCAAGUCUAAACACCAGGACAAGUUUCUGCUGUUAAACCUGUCUGAAAGGAGGCAUGACAUUGCUCGUCUGAACCCAAAGGUUCAUGACUUUGGCUGGCCCGACCUCCAUGCUCCACCACUGGAUAAAAUCUGUGCCAUGUGCAAAGCAAUGGAGACCUGGUUGACCUCUGACCCCCAGCAUGUGGUGGUCUUGCACUGCAAGGGGAAUAAAGGCAAGACAGGUGUUAUCAUAGCUGCUUACAUGCACUACAGCAAGAUAUCUGCAGGGGCAGACCAGGCUCUCAGUACUUUGGCAAUGAGGAAGUUUUGUGAGGACAAGGUGUCCUCGUCUCUACAGCCAUCUCAGAACAGGUAUAUAUACUAUUUUGGUGGACUGCUCUCGGGGGCGAUAAAGAUGAACAGCAGCCCCCUGUUCCUCCAUCAGGUCCUCAUUCCCACCAUCCCCAACUUCCAGGCAGAUGGAGGUUACUUCCCAUUCCUGAAAAUCUAUCAGUCUAUGCAGCUGGUGUAUACAUCAGGGAUUUAUGAUUUACAGGGCUCAACAGGGAAAAAGCUGUGUGUGACCAUUGAGCCUGCUCUACUGCUGAAAGGUGACAUCUUGGUGAAAUGCUAUCAUAGGCGCGUUCAGGCAGCUGAGAGAGACACAGUGUUCAGGCUGCAGUUCCAUACUUGCACCAUCCAUGGUGCUCAGUUGUGGUUUGGCAAAGAGGAACUUGAUGAAGCUUGCAAUGAUGACAGAUUUCCCUCUGAUGCUACUGUUGAGUUUGUCUUCUCAUCUGGCCCAGAGAAGAUCAAAGGACGAGAGUACCAAAGGAAUGACCCAGCUGUCACUGUCGACUAUAACACUUCAGAUCCUGUCGUACGCUGGGACUCGUACGAGAACUUCAAUGUGCGGCACCAAGACAGUUUGGAAGAUAUUUCUCAUACUCGAGGGCCUCUGGAUGGCAGCCUGUAUGCUCAGGUGAAGAAACGACGCGCUGCGGCUUCCGCUUCUUUCACUUCCACCAAUGGCAGCAUGGGAAGGACCUCUGAGGAAAGGCCCAGUCAGCUCCUGUCUGUCAGUUCUGACUCAGGCCAUUCCUCUGCCCCGGCCUCUCGUUUGGAUUACCCUCCCACUGCCUCACCCCCAACCCAACAAGAAAAGGAGGAGCUAGAGCGCUUAUUGGGUGGAAUCGAAGGGGAGAGGAGUGGAAGAGAUCGGGAACGCGAGACGGCCAUUUUGGAUGACGGUGACUCCCUACCGCCGGAGCGUUCUGGGUCUCUGAGGCUGACGCGUUCUUGCUCAUGUCGGGUGGGUUAUCGGUCUCAACACUGCGCAGAACCCGGCUGUGACCGUGUGCACCACCAGCCCAACGGGUAUUGCCUUGACCGGACCUCCAGCACCAACGGGCACACUGGGGCGCCCCUUGUGGGGCUGUGUCAGCAUCAUGGCGCUCAUCCACAUCAGGCCUUGCCCCCUCCAGAUCUCCUCUGGGACCGACAGCAAGGUUCCCAACAUUACCUACACCGAGCAUGCUCAGAGGGUCCAUCCCGUCACAUGUGCCCUUGCCCUGCCCCUGACAUGAACCCCCACCCACUCUCUCCAUCUGGUCGGAUGGUGUGCAGGGCAGAUGAAUAUAUCCCUUACCCUCACCAUCCUCACCACCCCUCCCUGCACCACCACAAACCAUCAAGCUAUCACGACAUUAUGCUGCUGGAUGGCCUUCCCCCUGGUUGUCCAUGCAGGGAUUGCUGCCUCCGGCGUGAAGAUUCAGCUUUCCAUGCUCUGCGCCUUGACAGGGGGGAGGCGCUACACUGGGAAAGAGAGGCGGAGCUGCAUAGGGAGACUGGGUUAAGGAGGGGCAGAGAAUCUGAAAUCCCAAGGGGAGCAGACCUGCACUGGGAGCGAGAAGCCGGUUUAAGGCGUGGCAGGGAGGUUUCGAUGCAUUGGGACAGAGACCGUGAGGUGGAGUUACAGUGGGAGAGAGACAGAGAAGCAGAAUAUUGGCAUCGGAGAGCCACUGUGUCACCUUAUGGGCAUCAGGGUCACGACUUGCCAGCCUUUGCCUUUGACCCCUUGCCCUCGGGUCAUCCAGCGUAUCCCGAACCCUCACGCUCUCACUCCCACUCUCACCUAGACAUGAAGUACAGUAGUAGCAGCAGUGGCUACCAGACACCCCACCAGACAUGCCCCUGCACGCCCUACCAGCCUUCGCCCUCUGAGAGCCGCGGCUACGCCUCUGGAUACCAAUCAGAGUCCACCUCACCGCUGCCACCGCCAGGCCCUUGCCCUGCCUCCUGUCCUGCCUCCUCCCACCAUGGAAAUAGCCCGUCAGAUAGCCUCCCUCAGCAAUACCACACUAACACACACACAGAUGGACCAGCAGGAGUUGGCGAGGGUAUCGGUUGGCGUGACCACAUUACCCAUGGUUCUCUGCGGCGACUGCAUCGUGAUGGGCAUGCCCCAUGCUCCACUCCCUCAGAUAUCUCCAGCCCUCCCACUCCUGUUCACACCAGUAGUCCAUUACGCACACAAGAGAGCCCUAGCCUGACAGUGCGAGAUCAGGAAGUACGCUCGGCAGAGGGCUGCACUGAACCUCACACUGUCCAACCACAGGACAGGCCUUACUCUGGGACCCAGGGGUUACAACACGGAGAGCCGUCCAGCUCAGAGCCCAUCCAGCCCGGCCCAGUCAAUCCUGAAACGCACACCACACCGGCCACACCCACACCUGCACCCACAAUCACACCCACAGCACAGCAAGACUGCCAAACCCCGUCACAACCGUCGCCCACCCCGUCCCUACCUAAUAGCUCUGUUCUUACAGCCACAGUCCCUCAGCCUCACAAUGACUGCCUGUCUGUCAGCCCACCCGCACCGUCCUCAGACCCAAGCAUUCCCACCCAGACCACUUCCCCUGCAGAAACCCAACCACUGCCCAUUGCUCAGUCCUCCAGCAGUCCUUCUCCAUCCUCCUGUCUUGCCACUCCCUCUGUCUCAGUAGAGCCCGUCCCUCAACAUUCACAGGUCAAUGGCUCUCAGCCCAGCUCAGAAAUCCCCAAACCUAGCUCUCCUCACAGUCCCACACCCAGCUCUAUCACUAGCUCUGCCCCUGCAUCACCUCUCCCAGCCCAGGUGAGUCAAGAGGGAUCCCCGUCAUCAGAGCUGCCUGUCCCUGGCUUUGCCACCCUGGGCCGGAAACUGAUGCUGGGCUCAGAAAUCCCUGUUGGUCAUUUUCCGCACUGCUCCGGUGUGGAUGGUCCUACGAAUGGACAUAGUUCUCCAGCUUCAGACGGCCAUUCCACUCCUAAUUUCCCUCUGUCUGCUGGCUGCUGUACACCCACGUCGUCAUCAGGCUCCUACUCUGGGUACACUACUGUCACCAUACCCCAGCCCCCGCUGCCAGAGAAACGGCGGACAGCUACCCUGCCUGGUUCACCCAACAGUAGAGCUGGCACUCUGAAAGCAUCGUCAGGACGCCAGUCCCCAGGACAGCAUCACGUGACAUUCUCUCCGUCGGUCGGGGAGGCGGCACUGCCUGCUGGGCAUGGAGAGGGUGGUGCAGAGGGGGAAACAGGCAGCCGUGUCAGUGUGAAGUUUGUCCAGGACAGCUCACGUUUCUGGUACAAGCCAGGCAUCUCCAGAGAACAAGCAAUAGCUGCUCUGAAGGAGAAAGAGCCUGGUGCUUUCCUGAUCCGAGACAGCAACUCUUUCCAGGGUGCCUAUGGCUUGGCUUUGAAAGUUGCUACGCCACCCCCAAAUGUAAACAACCACAGCAGCAAAGUGGGCGACCCUAUGGAACAGCUGGUGCGGCACUUCCUGAUUGAAACAGGACCUCGUGGGGUAAAGAUUAAAGGGUCACCAAAUGAGCCACAUUUUGGGAGUCUCUCGGCACUGGUCUACCAACAUUCCAUCACACCAAUCUCACUCCCAUGUGCCCUGCGCAUCCCAGAGAAAGACCUGAUAGGAGAGAUACAGGAGGUACAACCAGCCAGCAACAUGAGCACUGCUGCCGACCUGCUCAAACAGGGUGCAGCCUGCAACGUACUCUACCUGAACUCAGUAGAGACUGAAUCUCUGACUGGACCCCAGGCUAUUGCCAAGGCAACAGGGGCAACAAUGUCACGGAGCCCUCGCCCCUCAGCAACAGUGGUGCACUUUAAAGUGUCUGCACAGGGCAUCACACUGACAGACAACCAGCGCAGGGUUUUCUUUAGAAGGCACUACCCUGUCAACAGCGUGACUUUCUGUAGCAUCGAUCCACAGGACAGGAGGUGGACUAACUCAGACAGCACGACGUCUAAGGUGUUUGGUUUUGUUGCUAAGAAACCAGGCAGCAUGGCAGAGAACGUGUGCCACCUGUUUGCAGAGCUUGACCCGGAGCAGCCCGCUUCCGCCAUUGUUAACUUCAUCAACAAAGUCAUGCUUGCGACACAGCGUCGGUAGACUGAAGCUAGAUGGGGAAGAUCAGAGGCCUAUUACAUGUACAGACAUGCAGGAUCCUCCACAGCCUGACAAGCUUUUGUGUCUGCCCAGAGUCUCAUCUGACCCCUCAGACUGACAUACUGCCAUUCUGCAGUCAUAUGUUUAGUCGAACGUUUAAACAGUGCUCUACAUAUUUUAUGUAUGAAAGUAUUAUCAAAACAAAACCAGACAUUGCCUAUAAUUCUAUCACACUAAGAUUUUUUAAAGUUUUGCCUCUGUUUUAAAACAGCAAAAAUCACGAAAUGUUCUGAUUUGUCUGAAGACCUGUUUUAAUUCACGCAGUGCCGAAGUGAACACUACUGGUUCUGCCAGAGCAAAUUUCAAAUUUUUUGGACAUUAGCACUGACUUGUGCCACCAAAAACAAUGGUAGUUUUUUAACAUUUCAGUAUUUUUCCAUUUGACUUUCAGGAACAUAACUGUUAUAAUUCAGGUGGAUUUGAUAUAGGGGUCUUUGUUCUCCACCAACCAUCAUUUUAUCAUUUAAACAGUAUUUGUAUCUGUUCUCCUCAGUUUGGAAUCAUGCACUGCAGCUUUUUCCAACAUCUACCAAGCUUAGGAUUUUAGGUUUCUUUGAAGGGUUCUUGAACACAUUAGGGAUGUCUCAAGAUUCCUGGUUUUGAGCCAGUUUAAAGCUGGUUUUGUAAAGCUCCAAAUCCAGGACAUAUCCAAGACAUUUAAAGAAUGUUAUGCACAAAGCAUGUCCUUAUAUUUUCUAAAUAAAUAUUCUCAUUAUUAGAAUAUCCAUGUUAUGAAGUGUGGCUCUAGCCUUAAGGAAGCACAGCCGAAGUACUUGGAACAUUCCCUGUUGGUAGGUUAUUGGCACAGAGUCAGUAUCUGUUGGUAGGUUAUUGGCACAGAGUCAGUAUGUGCAUAAACGUAACUUAUGUUCCACUUAAAGCAGUCACUCCUACAGUGACUGAAUAGGAAUCUGGCCCACAGGAUUAGAGAGAAUUCGAGAAAGUCUGAAGAAGGGUCAGUGUGCAUGUGGAGUGGGCAUUAAGUGUGGGAAGCCUAAAGAGCUCAGUUUUUGACUGUAUGAUGUUCCAGAGUGUGGAGGAUGUUUAAGUGAUGUGUUUUUUUUUUUUUUUUUUUUGAGAGUAAAGUGGGAUAGUAUCCGAGGGGAAAAAAUGUUGGUAUUGAUGACAGAGAUGUAAACCGAGUUACUUUGUCUCCUUAUAUUCCUGCAUUUCCUACCCAUAUGUCUAUCAGACUCACGUAAAUAAUGAAAGGUAAUAUCAACACAAUAAAAGCAAUACAUAAUUGAGUUCACUUCUAUAAUAUUCACUAUGGGUUAGUUACCUAUCUUUACCAGGGGGCCUGUAGUGUUGUCCCUGCUAUAUACUGUGUAAUGGAGAAGCAUAGCCAAAUGUAUUCAGUUGAUAAAGAAGGAAAAUCAUCAGUGGUCAAUCAUCUUUGACCUUAAUAGUGUCUUUUUACUACUGUGUUUUAACACAAAGAUUGACAUUAACACACAACAAAACUUGCCAAAGGUUGUACUUAACCAAAGAAGUUCAUAGAGCACUCAUGUAUUGUAAGAUUUAUUCAUACAUAAUCUGCCAUAAGCUUCUUGUAUUGUAAUUGCUUUAUUAGUGUGUUGUUUUUGUAAGACAGAUAGAAAAACACUAUGUCUAUGACAACUUUAAUAUAUUGUUUUCUGUAUUUUCUUGUUGGUCUUUGUAUGUAGUAAUAUAUUUUCUCACAUGCAGCUGACUUGGAAAGUAAAAAAAAAAAGAUUAAAUGGAAGGAGACAUUUAUAUGAAAAGGAAUUUAUAUUAUAUGGUAUUUUUGGAAUGUAUGCAAAAACAAAGAAUAUAAUAAAGAAAUGUAUAGUUGUGGUACCAACA